GGCGCUCGCCUGCUCCUUUUCCGUUCGCCGCUGCGUAGGCGUAGGUGAGGGAGUUUCGGCCGCUCGCUGCUCGCUGCCUCCGUCGCGUUUUGCUUCCAUGGCUGACCUGGAGUUCUUUGGUACUCAGCAGCAGCCAGCGGCCGCCGCCGAUAAUGGGGCGGUAGACGGAGCCGAGGAGGAUCCUGCCGCCGCUUUCCUGGCGCAGCAGGAGAAUGAAAUCGCUGGCAUCGAGAACGAUGAGGGCUACAGCAUCUUGGAGAGCGGCGAGGUGCCGGCGGCGCUGCAGGUUCCGGAGGGUGUUGACUCGGGUGCUGUUGAUGGAGUGGUUAAUGGAGAUGUCUAUCAGGAGAGUAAUGGUCCAACAGACUCCUAUGCUGCCAUAUCCCAAGUAGAUCGACUGCAGUCAGAACCGGAGAGUAUUCGUAAGUGGAGAGAGGAGCAAAAGGAUCGCCUGGAGCAGCUUGAUGCAAACUCACGAAAGCAGGAAGCAGAAUGGAAAGAGAAAGCAAUAAAGGAGCUGGAGGAGUGGUAUGCAAGGCAAGAUGAAAAUCUUCAGAAAACAAAAGCCAGCAACAGGGUGGCAGAUGAAGCUUUCUACAAACAACCCUUCGCUGACGUGAUUGGUUAUGUCACAAACAUAAAUCAUCCUUGCUACAGCCUAGAACAGGCAGCUGAAGAAGCCUUUGUGAAUGAUGCAGAAGACAUUUUUCCGGGCACUGAGUGGGAACGUGUGGCUCAGCUCUGUGACUUUAAUCCCAAGUCUAGUAAGCAGGCAAAAGAUGUGUCCCGCAUGCGUUCGGUCCUCAUCUCACUCAAGCAGGCUCCGCUGGUCCGCUGAAGGAGAGCACAGUGGAAACACUACAGAUGCAAUAUUUCAACCUUGUUCAGAGAAGCUGUGUUUGCUGUAAUUGGAUGAAUUGUUUCAAUGUUUUGUUGUUGUUUUGUUGUUUGGUUUUUGUUUUGUUUUUUUUUUUUUUCUGGACCAAACCUCAUCAUGUACCUAGAGCUGAUUGUUGUUUGAUUGCAUGUUCUUCCUCACCUUUUCUUCUCUGUGUUUGAAAUGGGAGAAUCUCCAAAACUGUAGUCUCUGUGCUGUUGUGCACUGAGAUGUCACUCCCCUCCUUCCCCCCCCUUUUACUGAUAUUAAAGAUUCGUUAAACAGCAAAA